AUGAUCGACCCCAGCCCUGCCCACAGGAACAAAGUUUCACCUUUGACAGAGUCCUGGGCCCUGAUGCUGCUCAGGAGGCAGAGCAGGAGCUGCUGGCACAUGUCCAGUCCACAUUGGGCCCUGUGGGCCGAGGGUACAGUGUGGCCCUGUUGCUCCGGGGGAGGGAAACAGAGGCAUCCCGACUUGUGCCUCAGCUGCUGCAGAUACUGUUUGAGGAAGCUCUGCCCCUCAGCCUGCUCUGAUCCUGUGCUUAGCACUCUUAGCCUGGUGCAGUUCAGCCCCAGUGGAAGGACCCAGGACCUGCUCUCUUCAGGGGUGGAGAACCUAUCGGUGCUGGACGUGGCCCCUCUGGGCUUGGUGGUAGAAGAUGCCACUGAAGUGGAGAUGUCUGACUCAAAAGCUGCCUCAGAGCUGUACUUGCAGGCCACCGCGGGUGAAGGCAGGGCCUGCUGUCUGCUCACUCUCAUCGUGUCCUGCCCAGGGCCUGACCCUCCUGAGGAGCCUGGGACCCAAGGUGUGUGGCGAGGGGCUCUACGGAUCCUGCAGCUCCCAGGAGCCCCAGACUGCCCCCUGCUGCGGGUGUUGGCUGGUGAAGUUGUUGGUGAGGAGGCGGAGGGCUCUUUGCCAUGGAUUGUCUCACAGCUUUUGGAAGGAAACAACUACAGUGGCCUGCUUCUUCACCUGGACCCCCAAGGUAGCUCCCUCAGUUUGCUCCAGGCUGCUCUGUUGGGGGCCUCAAGAAGGAGGAUGCAGGUGAAACAGGUGAGGCCCACCCUGUGGGAUGCAGUAGAAGAGGCUCGGGCCCGCCGGGCUGGCCUGAGGCCCUUGCGUUUAGGCCUUCUUGAGGACACCCUGAUGUACAGUGGGCUAAGCCAGCUGAGAAGGGCACUGCGGGAGUUAGAGGUGGUAAAAGCGUGGAGCCAGCACCCAAGAAGAAAGAUGCUCCAAGGAGCCAGGCGAGGCGAUGAGGCUUCCAGAACCACAGCAGGUGAUAGAGUCACCAGUAAGCCAGAGCCCAUGCCUCGAGGGAGAGCCCCAAGUGGCAGAAGAACGGCAACUCUAAGGUGUGGGCUCCACCAAAAGAAUCCUCUCAGGCACCCUAAGGAACAGACUUCUGACCGAGCCCAGCAGGUACCAGAUGUGGCCCUGCAGUUCUUCUUGGCCCAGGCCCGGAGGCAGAGACUGAGGGAGCAGCACCAAAUUUGGAUUCGAGAGAAGCUGAAGCAUUUGGAACAGAAGGAGGAGGUGGCAGAUGACCAGAUCAAAGACCUGGUGGCUGAAGAGGAGGCCUGCAAGGAGAGGCAGAGAUGGCAGCAGGAACAGAUGGUGCUGAGAUUCCAGCUGGAGGCCCUUCAGGAAGAGCGGGACAUGGCAGAGCAGGACCUGGCAGCCCUCUAUGACCUGCAUGUGCAGGCCACUCGAGCUCAGACACACCAUGUGCUGCGGGUAUUUCGAGCCUGGCAGGGCCAGUGGGAGGAGCGGGCCAUGACCACAGAGCAUCGUCACUGCAGCCUGCUGGCGGGCAUCCUGGAAGAAGCCAUCAACCUGGCCACACAGAAUCAGGAGCUCCAAGCUCAGAACCAGCAACUUCAGCAGGGUGCAGACUAGGCUGGGGACAGUCAUGCUGGCCGUCCUGGGGAAAAACCUGAUCAGGAACCCUUUAGAGGAAGUUUCCUGUCUCCUCAUUCUGGAGGGUCCUAG